GAUCAGAGCUGUCACUUGAUUAAUUUCUCUCAAGUAUGUCCCUCUCUCUCCUUUUCUUUCUCUAUGUUUCCGGCAGGUGUUUAAGAGUGUUAUCUCCAUGCGAAAAAGCUCUUUGAACGAGGAUAUUGAGCUGGUGUUUGGAAGCAAUGAGUGCGGGAUGACCAGCUGGUUGCGAGGGUCACCCCUGCGCACGUCGCUGGGCCGGCGUCGUGCUCCGUCCCCUCUUCACGAUGUUGACCCUGCGGCUGCGUUCCACUCAUUCAUUAAACACUGGCAGCAAACAUGUGAAAUCAUUUCCAGGACCCAGUUGAGGGGACAGGCAUGUGCUGAUGAUGUUACUGCUGUCAUCAACCACCUUGCGCAGAUGGUCACACUUCUGCUGGUGGACUUAAGGCAGAUAAUGGCUCACAACACACGUACUCAGAAUGGUAUUGGUCAGAAAAAUAAUGGCAACGAAGUGAAAAAUACUUGUCCUUCUGAAGGUAACAAAGACUCCAACAGCCAACAUGCAUCUUUGCCAGCAGAAAAUCCUCCUCAUACUCCAAUCUUUGACCACUUCCUGGGAGAAGAAAUUCUUGACAAAGUUCUCACUUGGAGCCUCAAUACUGGGGAAUUUGUGAAUGCCCUCAAGUUGGAACAAUUAAAGGUUCAUGAGCAAUUACUCAGCCACUCAAGGCAAGAAAUACUUGUGUACAAGCCCAUCAUCCGUCCAUUGCUCCGACUUUUGGCUGCGUGUGGAGGUUGUGUCCCAGUUGAAGUGGAGAAACGUUUGGUUGUGCUUCUGAAUCAGCUGUGUGUCUCACUUAUGCAUAAUCAUCAGCUUCUUGAUUUCUUUUUCCAGUUCUCCAAUGAUCAAGGACCUACCAAGUUCAUGAUUUUCUCACUAUUGCUGCCAUUUGUUCAUCGAGAAGGAGGCAUUGGGCAGCAGGCGAGAGAUGCUCUACUUCUCUGUAUGGCUCUCUCUGCUUCACAUACCUCUGUGGGCCAAUAUAUUGCACAGCAUUCAAAUUUUUGUCCUGUUUUAGCAGCUGGGCUCAGUGGCCUCUAUUCUAUGUUACCACGCACUUUGACUAUUGAGUCAGAUGGUUGGCAUCGCCUAAGUCCAGAGGACAUAAGUGAUAUUUCUCAAUUACAGUUGUUCCUGAAUUCUCUAGAAUUUUGCAAUGCAGUUGUACAGGUUGCUCAUCCAUUAGUAAGGGUACAGUUAGUGGAAUUCUUGUAUCAAGGAUUCCUUGUUCCUGUGUUGGGGCCUGCACUACACCAGGGUGGCGCAGUCAAUGGGGAUAUCAGCGCUCACAACUCUCCUGUUUUUCUGUCUGUGGUUGGUGAAGUUGUUGCAGCCACUGCUUAUGUAGAGCUGUGUUUACGAACAGUAACCGAGCCAGAGCUGAGGAGGGCUUUCCUGGCCUUCCUCCUCACUUCUCCCAACAAUCCAGCCUUGGAACCUCCAAUCAUAACUAUACUCAUUUCAAGAUUACACUCGCCAAAUACACAACUGUGCCUGGUUACUCUUAGUCUGUUUUGGACUUUGGUGGAACUGAACUGUGAAGACUUAAUGAUAGCACUCGUUUUCCAAUACCUUACUCCUUGCACACAUGUUAUGCUGUCACAGAGGUCACGCCUUACACAGCCCCCACAUCCUGGAGGCCAUGCAUCGCAACUCAUGCCUACUGUAUGGUCACUUGGACACAGAGGUCCAUACACAGGCACGCCUGAGCCAUGCAAUCGCAUAUGUUAUUUAUAUUUUCCUCAUUAUGUCUUACAGGUUGAAACCCAACCGAAGAAACCAGAGAGUGGAGACUCCUCUCAAACACCGCAAACAUCACUAUCACCUCAGCCAUCACCAACGACUUUAACUGUGCCACAACAUCAUCGAUCACUCUCUAACACAUCAUCUUGCUCAUCAGAAAGUGACUCCGUCUUUGAACAACAGACCCCAUAUUCUGACUACCUACAAGAUGCUCGUUCAAGAAUAGAAGCAGGGACUAUUGCCUGUAGCUGUUGGGUUUGGAGGUAUGAUGGUCUUAGUCCCACUCCAACUCAAGCUAUGGAGAUGUUGGAUGCAGCACGCACUAACCCACCUGUAUUAUAUUCUAAGCCACGUGCCCACUCUGAUCCAGUACCAGUUCAUUCUUCAGACUUGCCACAAGCAGAGGCCAAAGUUCGAAGUGUAAGUCUACCCUCAGCUAUGGGCAGUAGAGAGAAAGGGGAUAGUAAUGAAACGAGACCAGUGGUUAACGGUAUAUGUGAUAAUCAUAACAAUGAUGUAAGAGGGGCACAGCAUGCAGCUGCAGCAGCAAGAGGUGUUGAGAGAGCUGCUGGGGCUGGAGGGGAAGAGGAGAACCUGGACUCUCUUGGUGAAAGCAGUGGAUAUGAAAGCUUCAACAUUAGGGCAUCUCGAGACUCCUCCCCUGCCCAUAGUUCCCAUGGCUCUCCUAGGAAUCGUGUAGUCCACCAUGAGUCACCAAGUUUAGAAGAAGCCUCCUCUCAAGGCUCACCAGGAGACAGAGGACCAAGGGAAAGAAAAGGGUCAGUCUUGAGCUCAGAGGAAGAUCAGGAAUUCAUGGAUACAUUGCAGAGGUCAUCAACUCCCACUGAAAUGACAGGGCUAGAAGAAACACUGUGUGAAAUUGAGCAAGCAUUCACUGCAUUUAAGAUAUUUGACGUGAGCUCCUCAACAUCAUAUAACAAAGUAAGUAUUUUCUCUGUUAAAUUUAUUUGUUGUGCUGGCACAGCAGGUCACAAGCGACACGCUGCAAGAUGUGCAGUGCUUAUGCGAGAUUGGCUGCUUGAACUGUCGGCUCUUGCUCAAGAGCACACUGUGGCUGUGCCAAGUAUUGAAUUUAGAUUUCCUUCUAGUUGACAAUGACCUCUUUAUGCUUGGUGCUUCAUUGCUCUUUAUUAAUGAUUAUGAGCACAUUACUAUCAAUAUAUUGUAAAGUGAUGCAUAAGGUAGUCACUUUUUUGUAAUAUUUCAUUAUAUCAAAUCAAAUACAACUUGAGCAAGCAUGGCAAGUCAGCUUUUGAUAUAUCACCCCUAAUUUUUUAGAGAACAUGUCCAUAAAUGAAUGUUUGUAAUUUUAAUUACUUUGGCAUACUAAUUAUGGAAUAUUUCUAAUCUAUGCAAAUGAUCUAGCAGUGUAAUUUUUUUCAGUUUUUAAAUCACAGUUGUCAAAGAGAGCCAUAUAAGAUUUAUGCAGUAAGUGAGUGCUUCUUGAGCUUCUUUUAUGAUAUGUUGAUAUUAUGUGUGUUCUUAGUAUUUGACAGGAAAGGUUGAAAAGUUAGUGCUUAGUUUUUGCCAGUGAAUAAUUUUGAAAAGAAUACCGUUCAAUUGCAAACAACUCAUAUGCAAAAGCAGACUUUUGACUCAUUACUCUCCAAAGACAGUAGUUUUAUUGGCAAAAUAACUUACUUUUGUGUACAUAUUUAUACAUACAUAUAUAUAUAUAUCUAUAUUUUAUGGCGAAUGAAAGGCUAUGAUAGCCAUUGUUGUCAUAUCACUGGAAUACUGCAUUACACCGGGACCUAAAGAUUGUUGUGAAAGUGUUUAUUCAUGUUCAAAACACCAAAGAGAAAACAGUCAUAAUAUACUCCCUGCACUGACUCAUGAUGAACACAACAAUCUGUGUGUUUCAAGGCAUUUCAUGGAAAGAGUAAAAGACAGUCAGCAACUAUUUUUCUCUCUCUCAAUCUCUCUCUUUUAUCAUUUAUCAUUUUCUUUUUUACAUGAAGAGCAAUGGUUUAGGUGACAUUGCAGUUUAGAAAUUUAUUUUUGUCUUUUCUCUUGUGUUAGUAAGUCAGCCCAUCUGAUAUGAUUUUGUCUCAUUUUGUGUGUUUUAUGCCAUGUUUAAAACAUCCCAGUUAAUUCUCCCUUCCUUUCUGUGUAUGUGAACUUCCUCCCGUCCAGUACACAUUAGUUAUUGAGUGGCAAUAAAACCACCUUUAGAUGCUUUGUUACGUGUUGGUUUUAUAUGUGGUUAAACAGGAUGUUAUUUUUAUUUCUGAUUAAUAUAUUUCCUAAAAUUUAUCUUGUUUUAAAUAUAUAUACAUAUAUGUUUCAUAUUUUUGUUUUGUUUUAUUUUUGAUCCAUUGAAAUAUUGGAUUGUACUCUCAAACUUCAUCGAGCAUCAUAUAUAUCAAUUUUCAGAUUUGCAGGCCUCUGUAGAGCAACUGCUAAAAGAACAAAUGAACUCUUCAUAAUGGUUUAUUUUGAUAUGCAGCAUAAUUAUAUGUAUGGGUAGUUUUCAUUGUUAGGUGUCAAUAAUAGCAAUUUAUUUGAAGUUUGAGGGAAAAUCCUCUUGUGAUAUUUUUAUUUUUUGAGUAUUGUAAAUUUACGGAUUGUUCUCUUAAACUUUUAACCAGUGUGGCAAAUUAUGUUUGCUGUGGAAUUUUUCCACGGAAAAUUUAAAGUUUUAUGAUAAAUAAAGUCACAAUAUUACUAAAACAAAGUGUUUAAUUGUAGCUGUAUUUUGUUAACUAAUAUUCGGCAACAAAAAUUAUUUGUUAUAUGUUCUGGUGUUACAUUAGAACCCCAAAGUGUGAUCUCAUCCAGGUUCUUGAAGUUAUAUUAUGUCAUUCAUCAGAUAGGAGCUAUGUGAAAGAUGUGGGUGGUUUGUAUCUUUUGUAAUUUGGAAGUUCCAAAAUAUUGUCCAGUUUUAAAUUCUAACAGCAUUAACAUUUUGUUUGGGAGCAGUGGUUGUAAAAUAUCUUAAUCUUAUAAUGCUAGGAAUCAACCCUUUUAAAACAUGUAUAUUUGAAAAUCAUUGCCACAUUGGAUGAAAUUUGAUGUAGUAUGAUUCUCUUGAAUAUAUUGCUACCCUUUUAGAAAAUUAAACUGGAUUCUCUGACAUGUAUGUAGAGUACAGUAUGUGAUUUAUGCAAUUAAAUAUAUUCUUGGCA